CUCUCUCUCCUAAGCUAGUCAGAGUUGAAGUCAAGUCGUGUCUCAUCACCCCUCUCUCCUUCACUUUGCCCAGGCCACUCUGCUUCCCUCGACCUUCCUUCACCCACCUGCGAAAUGCCCCUCGACUUGUCACCGCCGCUCUCUUCUAUCUCCCUCUGCCCAUCUUCAUCUUCUUCUUCAUCUUGCACCCGGAAUUCCUCGCGCAAUUGCAAGCUGACCCAUCCAUGGCUUCGCCCGAAUUUGGUCGACCGGAGGGGACCCGGAGGCCGCGUGCGCUGUCUGUCGACGAGGCCCAAGAGAUGGGCGAGCGCGGCGAGAGUGGACCCGGAGGCAGAGGAUCUGGUGAGGGUCCUGAUGAGGAAGUUCAGCGACAGGGAACCGCUGUUGAAGACGAUGGAUAAGUACGUGAGGGUUGUGAGGACCGAGCACUGCUUCCUUCUCUUUGAGGAGCUUGGCAAGACUGAUAAAUGGACCCAGUGCCUCGAGGUGUUCAGAUGGAUGCAGAAGCAGCGCUGGUAUGUAGCCGACAAUGGUGUAUAUUCAAAGCUAAUUUCGGUCAUGGGUAAGAAAGGGCAAACUCGCAUGGCCAUGUGGCUGUUCUCAGAGAUGCGAAACAGUGGGUGCCGGCCCGACACUUCAGUUUACAAUGCCCUCAUUACUGCUCACCUUCACUCUAGUGACAAAGCAAAGGCUUUGGCCAAAGCUCUUGGUUAUUUUGGCAAGAUGAAGGGAAUGGAACGCUGUAAGCCCAACGUCGUGACCUAUAACAUCCUUUUGAGAGCUUUUGCUCAAGCUCGAAAUGUGGAACAAGUCAAUGAUUUGUUCAAGGACCUCGACCAAAGUAUUGUUUCGCCCGACAUAUAUACUUUCAAUGGUGUGAUGGAUGCAUAUGGAAAAAACGGGAUGAUCCGAGAAAUGGAGUCUGUGCUUUCUCGUAUGAAAAGCAAUCAAUGUAAGCCUGACAUUAUCACAUUCAAUUUGCUGAUCGAUUCUUAUGGGAAGAGGCAGGACUUUGAGAAGAUGGAACAAGUCUUCAAGAGCUUACUGCGCUCUAAGGAGAAGCCAACAUUGCCUACAUUUAACUCAAUGAUCAUAAACUAUGGGAAGGCAAGACUCAAGGACAAAGCGGAACAGGUCUUUCAAAGGAUGCGUGCUAUGAAGUACACACCAAACCACAUCACAUAUGAGAGUCUAAUUAUGAUGUAUGGGUUCUGCGAUUGUGUUUCUAAAGCUCGGGAUAUAUUUGAUGAAUUGAUUGAAUCUAGGAAGGACACAAAAAUAUCAACCUUAAAUGCGAUGCUUGACGUUUAUUGCAUGAAUGGUCUACCUAUCGAAGCGGACCUGCUCUUUGAGACAGCAAGAAUUGCUGGGGUCAAUCCUGAUUCAUCAACAUAUAAACUUCUCUACAAGGCAUAUACUAAAUCUCGGAAAAAGGAGCUUGUGGACAAGCUGCUGGAGUGUAUGGACAGAGCUGGCAUAGUACCCAACAAAAGAUUCUUCCUUGAUGCACUGGGUGCUUUUGGGUCUCUACCUGCUUCUCCAAAAUCUGACAGUGCAAAGAGUUCAAGCAGUCCAGAAGCGACUAUUAAGGCUUGAGUAGAAUUAACUCGUGAAUUUGGUUAUAUGGGUUAGCUCUCUCCAUUUAAUGGAGCUUUCCAAGAAAGAUUCAUAAUACAAGAACAGAGCAACAAUUCUUCAACCGAUCCUCUGAGAUGUGACUUGCUCUUUUGGUACUGGUAUCAGUGCAUUAGUUGACAAAAAAAUUGACGAAAACAGUCUAUUGUCAAAAGAAAAAGUUGAUCUGGAGCAUGGCCAAAGGAUACCAAGGGCUUCCAGCAAAGCAAGCUAUUGGGGAAUAUCAAUUUUAUGGCCCUUUUUAGUGGCUCAAGUUAGGGGUUUCUCUUCAUGCUAAUAAGACAGUCUGAGUGUCUAUUGCUGAACAUGCAAUCCUCCUUUUCCUUGUUUUUCAGCUGGCGAGCUAAUCUCGUGUUGAAGCUCAACCAUUACCCUGUUCAAAAUACAUGCACAAUCCUGCUCCUAACUUAGAUUGGAUAUUAAAUUGUGUUUUUUGGCCUAUAUGGACUUUCUUUGGUACCUUUGCACAUAAUCUCUUCACAUAAUUAGCCUGUCCAUUGUCCUUGACUUGGACUGAUCAAUCUUAUCUCAAGCAUUUGCCUUAAUUUGUUGAGUUGAAGUUUUAGCUUAUUACUUGACUUCAAUUUGAGGUCGGUUGACAUCAGUAUAGGAACGUGACUUAGCACAACAGCUCUUUCUUUUCUUUUUCUUUUUUUUUUUUUGCUGCCCUUCUGUUGAGAAAAACCCGUUGUGCUGUUUCACAUAUUUUGGACAUCCUGAGUGACCCAAGAUUAGACUUAUCACUGGAAGUUCCCUUUCUGACCAUAGUCCUUAGAAUGACCUCCAUGUGGCUCUGUUCGUAUGAAUCAUGCCUCCAUCACUUUGUGUGACCUUCAUUUAAGCUCUUUCACUGCAGAAUGUUGCUCAGCCGCGAUUGGCAGUGUUGCUCGGACCUCUGUGGAUGUAGUAAACCUUUUUCCAAUGGGUUCAAUGGUACAAAAGCUAUUUCGGAUGUUAUCGGGUCUGACUGGACUUGGGAGGAUCUUGCAGCUGCUUUUCUUCAACUGUAUGUAUCAUUAGUUUGCAAAAUCCUUGAAAAAUUCCCUCGGAUUCAUACUUCCAAUUUUUAUUCAUAGGAUGAUCCAUCUAGUGCUUUAUGUUCUAAUGUUGCUCAUAAGCUGAUAUCUUGUCGAUUUCCUUUUCAUGUUCUUGUAUAUUCCUGAUGUACUCUUGAGAGAAGUGACUAGUCAAAUGGAAUGGGUUUGAAAUA